GCUGGAGAAAAUAUUCCCAUCACUAGAGGAGCAGCGAGAGACACUGCUGUAGGUAAACUAACAGUAAAGAGAUCAGAAGUCUGGUAGAGGUUGUAUCAGGUACAGUACUGUGGACGUCUCCUGCAGACUGGUCUCACCAUGAGUCAGGACGGUCACUCCGGCGUAGCAUCCGGUAUGAAUCAAGAAACACACGCCAGCAUACUGUCCAGCCUCUACGGCAUGGAAAUAGAGACGGGGAAGAAGGACGAGGCGGAUGGAGUCCAACACAUCUCCACCAUCCACUCCCCGUACCGCGGGCAGCGCUCCGCCAGCGUGGCACUGUCCUCCAUCAGCACCUGGAGGGACCGGGCGGGCAGCUGGGGCUGGGUACUCUCCGCCUUCAUCCUCAUCAACGUGCUGAUCCUGGGCAGCGCCUUCGUCAGCGGGAGCGUCUUCAACGGCAUCCACGUCACCAACACACACCUGCAGAUCUUCCUCCUCGUCAUCAUCGUCCCCACCACCGUCUGGAUGCUCUUCUACAAGGCCUACACCUGCCGCGGGGAGGAGGCCGUGCUCUACAAGGACGUGCACGCUGGACCCGUGUGGCUCAGAGGUGGUCUGGUGCUGUUUGGGGUCUGCAGCUUAAUUAUGGACGUUUUUAAAAUUGCCUACUAUGUGGGUUAUACACACUGCCAGUCUCCCGUAAAGAUCGUCUUCCCUGUGGUGCAGGCUGUCUUUAUACUGGUGCAGACAUACUUUCUCUGGCUUCAUGCAAAGGACUGUGUUCAGGUUCAGAGGAACGUAACUCGCUGUGGGCUGAUGCUCACUCUGGCUACUAAUCUGAUGCUGUGGAUGACGGCGGUUACAGAAGAGUCGCUGCAUCAGACGGUUUAUCCUGAAGGCACCAAUCAGACCUCCCGAACUCUUCUGCUCAGAGCGGCGGCGUCUGACGGCGACAGCAGCUGCCAGUGUAGCCACACCUCCUGCAGCAUCUUCGAGCAAGCCUACUACUACCUGUACCCCUUCAACAUCGAGUACAGCCUGUUCGCCUCAGCCAUGACCUACGUGAUGUGGAGGAACGUGGGUCGGCUGGUGGACGAUCACCCCGCCCACGAGCACCGCUUCCACCUGCGAGACGUCCUGCUGGGGCCGGCCGGCGGCCUGGUGGUGCUGGUGGCCGGUCUGGCCACUUUCGUCGUCUAUGAGGUGGACGUGUCUUCAGGAGACCAGGAGAAGCGAGACACGGCGCUGACCUUGUACUACAUAACCAACACGGUGACCAUCGCUCUGAUGACCAUGGUCACGGUGGCCGGAUGCGUGAUCUACCGGCUGGAGCGGCGUGAACACGCCUCGGGGAAGAACCCCACCCGCAGUCUGGACAUGGGGCUGCUGGUGGGCUCCUCCAUGGGUCAGUUCACGGUCUCCUACUUCACCGUCGUCGCAGUACUGGGCACCGGAGUGGACGGCCACGUCAACGCCCUCAACCUGGCGUGGUCGGUGAUAACCCUGCUGGAGCUCUGCGUGCAGAACGUCUUCAUCAUCGAGGGAAUCCGGCGCGAGCCUCACCACGACGUGCGCCGGGCGAGCAUCUUCUCCAACCUGCUGGCCCUCCACGCGCAGGAGGACCGGCGAUCCAGCCACGUCCCCACGUCCCCCCGCGGCUCCAUCGCCAUCCCCGUCCACAAACCCCUGCCCUGGAAGAGGAAGAUCCUGAAGGAGAUCGCCGCCUUCCUGCUGCUGUCCAACAUCAUCCUUUGGAUCAUGCCAGCGUUUGGGGCGCGCCCGCAGUUCGACAACCCCAUCGGAACAGAGUUCUACCAGUUUAACAUGUGGGUUGCCGUGGUGAACGUCGGGUUGCCGUUUUCGAUCUUCUACAGGAUGCACUCAGUAGCCAGUCUGUUCGAGGUGUACCUCACCUCAUGAACCCACAGCAUGGAGAUCUGUUUUAUAGUGAACACAGUGGAGAAAUAGUUUAUAAAUGGAUUAUUAUUUUUAUAGUAUUUUGUUUUGCAUUUGUUUCUUUUGUGUUUUAUACUCGGCACCUGAAUGAACUGCUGCACAGUUGUGUUUGUGUGUGUGUGUGUGUACUGUAUGUUUGUGUGUGUGUAUAUAUCUAUAUGUACUUUUUAUACAGAUUGAUUAUGUACAGCUUAAAAUAUUGUAUGUAAUUAUUAUUAUUAUUAUUAUUUGCACAAAUAUGUUGACAGAUGAAGCUUUUGCCCUCAUUGUGUUUGAGGGAAUUGGCUAUUAUAAGCAACAUGAAAUUAAAAAAAAAAGUAAAAAAAUAAAUCUGUGUGUCGGUGGAUUCAGUAUACAAUAAUAUGCCAAAAGUCAUGGGAUAGCACUGAUGGAGUUGUAUCCAUCCAUUUCAAUCAAUCAAUCAAUCAAUCAACCUUUACUUUCACUCGGUAAAUCAUCAUUUUCAAUGUAGCCGAGCUUAUAUAGAGUUACAGGAAUUGAAACUUAAAUUUAAAAGAUAAAAACAAGCAAAAAAUGUAAGAUUUAAUUAAGAAAAAAUAAAAUAGUUUAAAAUAAAAGGAUAUGCAAACAGGCAUAUUUAAAAAGGACUAAAAUAACCACAAUUAUAAAAAUGUAAAUGAUAGAACUCAAAUAAAUAAUAAUUAUAAUAAUAAUAAUAAUAAGUAAAAAAUAUUAAAAAUUAGAGUUAGAAAAUAAAUGAAAUAAAAAUGUAAAACGCCAAAAGAAGCAUUAUUAAAACAAAUAAAAGGAUGAAAUGAAUCAAAUAAAUAAAAUAAAAGGGCUAAAUGGUAAAACAUAAAAUUAGAUAAAUAAAAAAACUAAAUAAUUAAAAUAAAUAACAAGGUAAAAGAAAAACUUAACUAAAACAGUUACAGGUGGUCUGAGGGUGGUUAGGGCUGCAACUAAUGAUUAAUUUGGUAGUCGAUUAAUCCGGCGAUUAAUUUUGCACAAGUCGAUUAGUUGAUUAGUCAACGAUUAUUUCUGCCAUGCUCUCCAAUACUUUAAUACUAUAGUAGACUAAUAUUACCACCCACAGUGGACAGUGCCAAAAAUCAGGGCACAGCAUACUAACUCCUGUCCCAUGACAUUUGGCAUAUCUGUUUGUUUGGGCAAAUGGAAAAUUCCUAAUGUAGUCCUAACUUUAGUUUCAAUUAGGGGUGUGCCAUAUCUAAUAUAUAAUAAUAUUAUACAAUUUUUUUU